GGCGAGGCCGGGCGCGAACGGCCGCGCGGGAGCCGCUCGGGGGGCGCGGUGGGAGCGGCGCCGAGAGGGAGACGAUGCCCCGACUGCCGGGCCGCGCGGGGCUGCUGCUCGGCGUGGGGCUGCUGGCGGCGCUGCUGGCCGCGGGCCGGGCGCUCCCCCUGAGGAAGCCGCGGCCCCGGGGCCCCGCGAGGCUGGCGGAGGUACCAGCCUCCCCAGAUUGCAGCUCUCCUAGGGAAGAAGAGGGGAUCCCACCGCUCCCCAGAACCCGCUUCCAGGCAGGGCCACGCCGGCACAGGCGCCGGGCUCUCAGUGAGCCAGCAGCCCUGAGCCCAGACAAGGCGACCCCUCCCAGGACCCUGGAGGAUGCUCCCUUGCUGCUUGAGCUGCAGAAGCUGCCAGGAUUGGCCAACACAGACUUGAGUGCCCCAAACCCCAACAUCCAGGUGACCAUCGAGGUGGUGGAGGAUCCGCAGGCCGAGGUGGAGAUGGACCUACCCAGCAAUCGCUGGCCACAGGAUGCCUCAAGCUGGCUACCCACCAAGGAGCUCUUCUGGCCCCUAUUCUGGGGGUACCUAGAGGGCGAGGAGGGAAGGACUGAUCUCAAGGGCAGAGCCCCAGGGGAAGAAGAGGAGGAGGAAGAGGAGGUGGAGGAGGAUUACCCUGUAGAGUACAGCGAGAGUGAGGACCAGGAGGACAGCGAUGACGAGGAGGAGCUUGGGUUCAGUGGGGCCACAGGCAGCUGGGAGCAGGGCUGGCUGGCCCCUGGGGACUGGGCCUUCAAGGAGCCGGAUGGCUAUGAUGUGGACAGCUGCGAGAAGUGGCUGAACUGCAAGAGCGACUUCCUGGCCGAGUACCUGCGCCGGGUGCUGCAGGACCUGCCCAGCUGCCCGUGCGCGUACCCGCUGGAGGCCGAGGCCCGCGCCGUGAGCCUGCAGGACGAGCGCCGGGGCCGCAGCUUCCGCUGGAGGGACGCCAGCGGCCCGCGGGAGCGCCUGGACGUGUACCAGCCCACGGCGCGCUUCUGCCUGCGCUCGCUGCGGUCGGUGGAGAGCAGCACCCUGGCCGCCCAGCACUGCUGCUACGACGCGGGCAGCCGGCUGCUGACGCGGGGCAAGGGCGCAGGCGCCCCCGACCUGGUCAGCACCGACUUCUCGCCGGAGCUGCACUUCAAGGUGGACACGCUGCCCUGGAUCCUCUGCAAGGGGGACUGGAGCCGCGUCCACGCCGCGCGGCCCCCCAACAACGGCCGGGCCUGCGCCGACAACCCUCCCGAGGAGGAGUACCUGGCGCAGCUGCAGGAGGCCAAGGAGUACUAGCAGGGGCCCGCGGCGCGGCCCUCACCCUGCCUCUGCCCCUGCCUCUGCCUGUGAACCCAGGGCAGACCCUGCACUGUCACUCCUGGCAUUUGGGGAAGAACAAAGACAC